CGUUUCAGCAGCGAGAAGCCUAGAGCACUAUGCAGUGCAACCAGUGGUUGAAGCACUGGUGCAUGGGCAGCUUCAUAAGCUCGCUCAUCUGCCACGGUAAGCGGCAUUAAUGCCAGGCCCCCCACCCUGUCUCCUCUGUCAGCCCACCGUCUUCGUCUUCAUCGAUCCACACCACACGUCCACACACGUACGGAACGGAACCCUCUCCUUCUUCCUUCCACUCCUUUCACUCGCUGCUGUCCGCUACUGCCCAUGGCAGUGUCCGGCGGCGGUGCUCCUUUAACGCUGUCUCCUUCCCCAGCCCGCUCCUUCCUUUCUUGAAGAAACCUUUAUUUCCCGGCCGGGGGCCAGGCCAUCGAAUCUGUGAAACCUUUCCUCCUCUGUCCUCUGUCUCGGCUCGCAGUUUAUUCUCCUUGCUAUGCCCCGUCCUUUGUUUUCUGAUCCUUCUGCUACCUCUCCAUCGGCAAUGUCUCUUCCCCAGGAGCUGGAUAGAUGCGUGCGGGUGAUUGUAGGCCUGUAGAAAGGAAGAUCCUUGAUUGAUCGAGCCAGGCGGCAUGUCGGAGUCCAGCAGGGCGUUCCAGCUCGACGCGCCGUCGUCGGCCGCCACAGCCGGAGACGGCCGCGGCGGGAAGGCUGGCCCCAGCGGCGCCGGCGGCAGCGUGCCGUUCUACCGGCUGUUCGCGUUCGCGGACGGCGCGGACGCGGCGCUCAUGUCCCUGGGCGCGCUCGGCGCGGUCGCCAACGGCGCCGCGCUCCCGCUCAUGACCGUCCUCUUCGGCCGCCUCAUCGACGCCUUCGGCGGCGCCGCCACAACCAGCGACGUCGUGCGCCGCGUCUCCGGGGUGUCGCUGCAGUUCGUCUACCUCGCCGUCGCCUCCGCCUCCGCCUCCUUCGUGCAGGUGGCGUGCUGGAUGAUCACCGGCGAGCGGCAGGCGGCGCGGAUACGGAGCCUCUACCUCCGGACCAUCCUGCGGCAGGAGGUCGCCUUCUUCGACCAGCACACCAACACCGGCGAGGUCGUCGGCCGGAUGUCCGGCGACACGGUGCUCAUCCAGGACGCCAUGGGCGAGAAGGUCGGCAAGUUCAUCCAGCUCCUCGUCACCUUCGCCGGCGGCUUCGCCGUCGCCUUCGCGCAGGGCUGGCUCCUCACGCUCGUCAUGCUCGCCACCAUCCCGCCGCUCGUGCUCGCCGGCGCCGUUAUGUCCGGCGUCGUCGCCAGAAUGGCCUCGCUCGGCCAGGCCGCCUACGCCGAGGCUGCUGCCGUCGUCGAGCAGACCGUCGGCUCAAUCAGAACAGUGGCGUCCUUCACUGGUGAGAAGCGGGCGGUGGAGAAGUACAACGAGUCGCUCAAGAGCGCGUACAGCUCCGGCGUCCGGGAGGGCCUCGCCGCCGGCAUCGGCAUGGCCAUCGUCAUGGUGCUCCUCUUCUGCGGCUACUCCCUGGGGAUUUGGUACGGCGCCAAGCUGAUCCUGGAGAAGGGAUACUCCGGCGCCCAGGUCAUGAAUGUCAUCUUCGCAGUGCUCACUGGCUCACUAGCUCUGGGUCAGGCAUCACCGAGCAUGAAAGCGUUUGCAGCUGGGCAGGCUGCAGCAUACAAGAUGUUUGAAACCAUCAACAGGGAGCCAGAGAUCGAUGCGUACAGCGCAACAGGUAGGAAGCUGGACGACAUUCAGGGGGACAUUGAGUUCAGAGAAGUUCAUUUUUCAUACCCAACAAGGCCUGACGAGCAGAUCUUCAGAGGUUUCUCCCUUGCCGUACAGAGUGGUACAACUGUCGCACUCGUUGGCCAGAGUGGUAGUGGCAAAUCGACAGUCAUCAGCUUGAUCGAGAGGUUCUACGACCCUCAGCUUGGUGAAGUUCUGAUAGAUGGUGUGGACCUCAAGGAGUUUCAGUUGAGGUGGAUCAGAAGUAAAAUCGGCCUCGUGAGUCAAGAGCCAGUCCUGUUUGCUGCUAGCAUAAGAGACAACAUAGCUUAUGGCAAGGACAAUGCGACGGAUGAGGAAAUCAGAGCUGCAGCUGAGCUUGCUAAUGCCUCCAAAUUCAUAGAUAAAAUGCCCCAGGGUUUAUCUACUUCAGUUGGUGAACAUGGAACACAACUUUCAGGUGGUCAGAAGCAAAGAAUUGCCAUUGCAAGAGCAAUUCUAAAAAAUCCAAGAAUCCUUCUUUUGGAUGAAGCAACAAGCGCUUUGGACACUGAAUCUGAAAGGAUUGUGCAGGAGGCUCUUGACAGGGUUAUGACAAACCGGACAACUGUGAUUGUUGCUCACCGUUUGAGUACCGUCAGGAAUGCCGAUACCAUUGCUGUCAUUCAUCGAGGAUCAGUAGUUGAAAAAGGUUCACACCAUGAGCUUGUAACGGAUCCAGAGGGAGCUUACAGCCAGCUGAUACGCCUACAAGAAGCAAGUCAUGCUUCCGAGGGAGCAAACUACCAGAACAAGUCAAGCACGAAGGAUGAUUCCUGGAUUUACGCAGGCAAACAGACGCCAACAAAUCAAUCAGCUACCAUAAGGUCACCUCAGAACAACAGCAGAAAUCACUCAUUGUCAGUAUCAUUCAGCGUACCUCUUGAAAUCAAUGUCCAGGACAGAUCAUCAAAGAAUGUAGAUGAAGAAAUUGAGCAGGAAGUGCCUCUCAGCCGCCUCGCAUCGCUUAACAAACCGGAAAUCCCAGUGCUUAUUCUUGGUUCUAUUGCUUCGGCUAUCAGUGGAGUAAUCUUCCCGAUCUUUGCGAUACUCCUAUCAAACGUGAUCAAAGCAUUCUAUGAGCCGCCACUUAUUCUGAGGAAGGAUGCCGAGUUUUGGUCAUCUAUGUUCUUGGUAUUUGGUGCAGUGUACUUCUUGUCACUUCCUCUUGGCUCAUACCUUUUCUCAGUGGCUGGGUGCAAGUUGAUCAGAAGGAUCAGAUUGAUGACUUUCCAAAAGGUGGUUAAUAUGGAGAUUGAAUGGUUUGAUUACCCAGAGAACUCAAGUGGAGCAAUUGGGGCAAGGCUAUCGGCGGAUGCUGCGAAAGUUCGGGGGCUUGUGGGUGAUGCACUUCAGCUGGCUGUGCAGAAUUCAGCAACUUUAAUUGCUGGUUUGGUAAUUGCUUUCAUAUCGAACUGGCAGCUAUCACUUAUCAUAUUGGCCUUGAUACCGCUAAUUGGCCUCAACGGAUGGAUCCAGAUGAAGUUUAUUCAGGGAUUCAGUGCAGAUGCAAAGUUGAUGUAUGAGGAGGCAAGCCAAGUAGCAAAUGACGCGGUGAGCAGCAUAAGGACAGUGGUCUCAUUUUCAGCUGAAGAAAAGGUGAUGGAUUUGUACAAGAAAAAAUGCGAAGGAGUCUUAAGAGCAGGGAUCAGGACAGGAAUAAUAAAUGGUAUUGGUUUUGGGGUAUCCAUCUUCUUGCAGUCUGGAGUGUAUGCAGCCAGCUUCUAUGCUGGCGCGCGGCUUGUUGAGGAUGGGAAAACAACUUUACCCAAAGUUUCAUGGUAGUAUCAUGUAUUUCUUGCUCUAAGUAUGGCAGCAAUUGGGGUGUCGCACACAAGUACCCUCACAUCAGAUUCUUCCAAAGCAAAAUCAGCCGUAUCCUCUAUAUUUACCAUCAUGGACCGAAAAUCAAGGAUAGAUCCAGGUGACGACGCCGGGGUAACCCUAGAGCCGCUAAGUGGUGUCAUCGAAUUUCAGCAUGUGAGAUUCAGAUAUCCUACACGGCCCGAUGUUCAGAUUUUCCAAGACCUGUGCCUGACAAUUCAAUCUGGAAAGACUGUUGCGCUUGUUGGAGAGAGUGGUAGUGGCAAAUCGACGGCGAUAGCAUUGCUGCAGAGAUUCUAUGAUCCUGAUGCAGGCCAUAUACUCCUGGAUGGAGUGGACAUACAGAAGUUCCAGCUGAGGUGGCUGAGGCAACAGAUGGGACUGGUGAGUCAAGAACCAUCUCUGUUCAAUGACACGAUCCGGGCAAACAUCGCCUACGGAAAGGACGGGCAAGCGACAGAAUCAGAUGUUGUGGCUGCUGCACAACUGGCAAAUGCUCACAAGUUCAUCAGUUCAUUGCAUCAGGGAUAUGACACAAUGGUUGGGGAGCGUGGGGCUCAACUAUCCGGAGGGCAGAAGCAGCGUGUGGCCAUCGCUCGUGCCAUCGUGAAGGACCCCAAGAUCCUCCUCCUCGAUGAAGCGACGAGCGCGCUCGACGCGGAAUCCGAACGGGUAGUGCAGGACGCUCUGGACAGGGUGAUGGUGAACAGAACAACAGUCAUCGUGGCGCACCGCCUGUCAACAAUACAGAGUGCAGACGUGAUCGCGGUGGUGAAGAACGGUAUGAUCAUCGAGAAGGGAAGGCACGAUACCUUGAUCAACGUCGAGGGCGGGGCGUACGCGUCCCUCGUCGCGUUGCAUUCAGCAGCACCGUCGUAGCCACAUUCAGUUCAGAGGUGAUACUGAAUCUGAGAUAGGCGAGCAGGACCGGCAGCUUAACAAAAGUUCAGGCGCCGGUUCUUGUUGUCGUUGUCCAGGUCCUGAUGAAAUAGAUGCAAAGGCAGACAUAUAUGUUAAGAUGACUCCCGCAUAGCUAAGAAGGAAAGAAGAUUACAGGAAUAAUAGUGUCAAAAUGUAAAUGCAGCAACCAUGCUGUGCCCAAGUUACUGAUAUGAAUACAGAUGUUCAGUGUAACAUGUACUGAAUGUAGAUCAUACUCCUAGCUAGCAUACUCUAAUAACAAAGAAGCAGAUGACGAUUGUGAUA